AUUGUUUCCCAUAUUGUCAACAAGCCUUUGAAUUGAGAUUGUCAUAUAAAUCUAGUGUGUUGAGGUUAGGUGGGAUAUUUGAGAUUGGUUUGGAUGAAAUAAUACAGCAUUGUGGUUGUGAAGAGAGCUGAGUAAGCCUAAGGAGAGUAAAUGCUUUUCAUAUACGAUUGAUUAUUGUUUAAACAUCAUCCAUUAUGUCGUGUUUUUAUAGAAUGUGCUUCGAAUUUGCCUCAGUCGUAGUCCAAUACUAGAACAUCUAAAGGGUGGCUAUAUAUUCCAAAUUGGAUUAUAUAAUUCUGCUUGUACAACCAACACAUGUAAUGGAAAAGUUAGUAGGCCAAUUGUGUAAUCAGUUUAUGACUCAUGAGUCAUGACUUAUGUAUGGUCCAAAAAAAGGAUGGAAUACAGGAAAAAAAACUAAAUGUAUAUAUUUUCUCAUCACUUAGUUUAACUAUGUGUAUAUCAUGUCCAUCCCACUUUUAACUGACAUGAGGCCUGUCUUGUCUCAGUGGGACAACUUUUAAUUUAGCUGCAAUUAUGUAGAUCACAUGAAUUUACAAGUAAUCUUGCUCUAUGAUCUUCCUCAAAUUGCUACAUGCAAAAAGUAGACUUCCAAAUGUUGUCCUAUAUAGCUAUUUUCAUCCUGUUCUGUGUCUUCAUUACAUGGGGGACAAUACCAUGCGUGGCCACAGUGACAGUAGGCCUACUGAACACAGUGUUUACAGCAUAAAGAUACAACGUUCUAUUUCAUUUUGUGGCUUCCAAUAUGUAGCAAAAAGAUGGGCCUGGCUAUGUAAUACGAUAAGAUAGUUCUUUAUUAAUCCCCAAAAGGGCACAUUUGAUUGAACCAGCCAAUACAUAACACCACCAAUAAAUACACAAUAAAACAACAAAGAACACACUGACAUUAAAAGCAACACAUCAUCAAUGAAUAUAAGUGCUCAUGUUAAAAAGCCUCAUAACAUAGAUUGGGUGGGUACAAGCAAUCGGUAUAGGCAUUGCCAUUGGGACUGAGAAAUGAGCAUGGUGACUGUGAGAGAAGAGAAGGGGAUUGAGGUUGUAAUAAUUGCAUUUACUGACCCUGAGGUGAAAAUGAAUUGCGUAAUAUUGCAUGCACAGUGCAAAUGUGCCAUACACUACCUUCACUUUACUUUGACCUUUUAAUCAAGGGUGAUAUGUCCUCAUUUUCCUUUGGACUCAACAUAGAAUUAUAAUGAAAGUCCACAAUAUAGCCAAACUUUUCCCCACAGUAGGCUAUUAAAGAAAACAAAUGGGUAAAAGUUGGAAGGAUCCCUUAAUAAUACAUCAAAUGUAUUCAUAAAAUAAAAUGUUAUCAUUCAUUCAGUCACCGGUAGGCUAACAAAGCCUGACGCAAUGUCCUGCCUCAUCACUCUAAUUACUGGUCUUACAAGACACGUUUCUUCACUACACAAAUACCGCGCAAAAUAUUACCUUUGUCACAAUUAUAUUGAUAAAUUGUGAAUCAUUCAACUAAUUUAAACACAGAAUAACCUGUAGCCUAACGAUGCUACUUAUGAUUUGUGUAAUAUUUGCAUUCUUUGCGCCAUAUUACCGAUGCCUUUCAACUCUCGUGCAGCACAAAACCGCUCAAACUAGAGCACAAGAUGCCCUGCCUCGAGUUACCUGCACCGUCCGACGAAUACGCGCAGUUUUCGGUCAAGCGGUUCUUCACAACUUGCGUGUAAAAGACAGGUCUGGAGUCAGUGUGCCUGUGCCAAAAGCCAAAGAACAUUGUGGCGUGAGAAGGGGAGAGAAGAAUGGUACUCUUUCUUUCCAGAGUCGAUAUGACAGUUGCUAUACACAGGUUGAGGGUGACACAGUGGUUGUAUCUUUGAGAGUCCAGCUGGAUGCAGGGGAUCAAUGGUACAGGGUCAAUAUUAGCUGCCCCCUACUCAAGAAGAUGGCCCAGAAACCCAUCAUCGGUCGCACCUCACGAUCAGGAAAAUGCAGCAUCCAUAGAGCUUUGCGUGUGGACUGUGGGCCCCAGGAUGUCUCCAAUGAUGGCUGUCUCAAACUGGGAUGCUGCUAUGAUGAUCAUGACUCAACUUGCUAUUACAGAAUGAACACCUGUUCUCUGGAUGGCCAUUUUGUGUUCUCUGUGAAGGCGACAGACACUGACCCCCCACUCAACCCCAACAACCUUGCCGUCAAGGGUCAGCCACAGUGCUCUCCUGUAGCUACCUCUGCAGAUACAGCUGUAUUUAAAAUCGGGGUGAGGGAGUGUGGCACAAAGAUGAUGGUGAAUGGGGAUGUUGUAAGCUAUGAGGUAGAGGUUGAGGAACUGCAUCCAAAGAUUACAGGCAAACAUUCUCCCUUCAGUCUGCAGGUCCAGUGUCAAUAUGAGGGGUCAGCUCUCCUCCACACUGAUCUGUGGUCCUUAAACCCAACUAACCCUCCACCUGUGACUGCACUGGGGACUGUCCGAGUGCAGAUGAGAAUAGCCACAGAUGAGUCCUUUACCUCUUUCCUCCCUGAGGACCAGCUGCCCCUGACCCUCUAUCUGCGUAAGCCUGUGUAUGUGGAGGUGUCAAUCACUCCACCCUCCCCUGACCCCAGUCUCUCCCUGCGUGUGCGUGACUGCUUUGCCUACCCUGCCUCCAGACACUCCGUAUGGACACUACUCUAUGAUGGCUGUCCUAACCCUCUGGACAGCAUGAGGAGUUCCGUCCCAGUGGACAGUCGGGGGAAGACAACUUCUCACUCCCAGGUCAGGAGGUUUGAUGUCAAGACAUUUUCCUUCUUCGACCCUGAGACGGGCAAUCCCAGUGUGGAGGAGGUGUACUUUUACUGCUGGGUGGAGAUCUGCACAGAGGAGGAAGAGUGUAAACAACAUUGCUCCAUCACCUCACCUGAUGGUGAGAGGGAGAGGAGGGAGUCUGGGUCAGAUCGAGUCUCCCAGUUAGUCUCAUUUGGUCCUGUGCUGUUGGGUCAGAACGGUUCUGGACAGGAACAGAAUCAUAGUGAUCAUCUGAAUAUAGCAUUUCAGGUGUCAAUGUACUCUGUCAUUGUCAUCUGUACCUCCAUCCUGUUCUUCCUCCUGUUCUCUUCAUGGUCGAUGAGUUGUCAAGUGGCAGAAGUGAAAGAAAAUGAUGUGGAAAUGGAAACCAGAAACAAUGAGACUGGCCUACAGGUUGAACAAGCCCAAUAAAGCACCUAU